GAUCCACUUUCCUCAUUCAUCUUCAUCACUGAGUGCAUAUACAACUAUUAGGGUUUACGAAACACUCUGAACAAAUCAAUUACGAAAAUGGCUUCGAAAUCUCUUCUCAGAAAUGUACCUGCAUUAUUUAAUCGAUUAUCACUAUCAAAUUCAAAAUCGCUUCUGAAUGCCAAUCACCACCAACCUUACCUUUUCCCAACUAUUUCCAAAAUCCAAAAUAUUCCUCAAAACGACGCCGAAUCGGUGAAGAAACUACUUUCAUCUGAAGGGUUUCUCUACCCAUGUGGCCUCCCUUGUCUUCGCUUCUUUUUACCUAAUGGGGAUAAUUCUUCAUCAGAUGAUCCAAUGAUUUUAUUCCCAAAAAGGACAUUUCAACCUAGCACUAUCCGGCGAAAGAGGAAUCAUGGUUUUUUUGCUCGGAAGGCAACCAAGGGUGGCAGAAAGGUAAUUGCUCGAAGAAUAGCUAAGGGUCGGUUUAGAAUUACAGCUUAGUGUCAUUGACUUCAGAGGCAACGAUGCAACAUAGCACUUUAGUGCACUUGAUGAUAAGACUCGGUAGAACAAGGUGAAACAUGAGUUCUGAGUAUAGUCUGCCAUGACCAAAUUUUCAGGCAACUACCAUGUAUGGAUAUAUUAUGAUUCCGUUUAUUGUCUUUUUGGCGUUGCCCUCAUUUUGCAAUAAUAUGUAACUCUUACUGCUUGAUGAUAGAGUGUGAUUGAUUUAACUAAAUUUGAAGUAGAGAAAAAUUGAAUUUCUUA